AUGGCUGCGAAUCUCUGGCUUGCGGCGUCGGACAACGACAUCCGCGCCGUCGAAGCGCUGUUAGUAACCGGCACCAACACCGCGAACGACAAAGACCCGCACGGCUACACUGCUCUGCACGCAGCAGCCUCGUACGGCCAUCACGAUCUGCUGCGGUUGCUGGUUAAGCGGGGCGGCGACGUGAAUAUCCUGGACGAGGACGGGGAGACGCCGUUGUUUGUGGUGGAGAAGGUUGAGACUGCGAAGGUGUUGAUCGAGGAGUUGGGUGCGGAUUGGAAGGUCAAGAACGACGAGGGCGUGACGGCGCGGGAGAAGUUGCAGAAGGAUGUGGAGGAGGAUGGGGAGCCUUUUGAGGAGGUGGUGGGGUAUUUGAAGGGGUUGGAGGAUGGGACCGAGGCAGGCGAUGAGGGGAUCGAGAGUAUGCAGCGGCGGAUUGCGGAUGCGAUUCCGAGCGGGUCGGGGAUGUCGGUGUCGAUUCAGAGGGAGAGCGUGCGGAGGUUAGUUGAGGAGGCGGUCAGGUUGCAGUUGGGCGAUGGCCGCACGGAGGAGGAGCGAAGUGUGCGGAGGAAGGUGUAG